GACCACCACCCCCACCCCUCCUCCUCAAGCAGAAUGGCCGACCAUAAGCCACGCACCUCCCUCACCUCGGCCGGCGCAGGCGAGGUGCCGUUGGCAGUCGCAGCGCCCGCACCGCUCGCCGCCGCACACGAGGCGACGCAGAACCGCACGGGCGUCGUGGGCCGCGCAGUGGCGUUCUAUUCGAGAGCCAUAACGCAGGUCGGGCUGGUGGGCAUGGUCUGCUUCCUCUGCCCGGGCAUGUUCAACGCUCUGUCCGGCAUUGGCGGCGGUGGCCAGGUGGACACGACGGUCAGCAGCAAGAGCAACACUGCGCUGUACGCGUGCUUUGCCGGCCUCUCCUUCUUCGCGGGCUCGAUCCACAACCUGCUCGGCACCCGGCUGUGUCUGUUCAUUGGCGCGUGCGGCUACUCGCUCUACAUCGCGAGCUUCCUGAGCUACAACCACAACGCCAACGAGGGCUUCGUCGUGGCCGCCGGUGCUAUUCUCGGCGUCUGCGCCAGUCUCUUUUGGACAGCGCAGGGCGCCAUCAUGCUCAGUUAUCCGACGGAGCAGCAGAAGAGCGCCGCCUUCGCCCUCGUCUGGAUCAUCUUCAACCUCGGCGCGCUGAUCGGCUCGGCCAUCGAGAUUGGCCUGACGUACAACUCCGAGUCCGAGUCGCUCAGCGACGCCGUGUACGCCGUCUUCCUGGUGCUCACCUUCCUCGGCGCGUGCCUCUCGCUCAUGCUCAAGGCGCCCAGCACCGUGGUGCGCAGCAACGGCAGCAACGUCAUUGUGCCGGUGCACUCGAGCUGGCAGCGCGAGUUCAAGGGCCUCUACCAGCUCCUGAUCGCAGACCCCUGGAUCCUCCUGCUCUUCCCGCUCUUCCUGAGCAGCAACUUUGCCUACACGUGGCAGCAGCAGAUGUACAACGCCCAGCUCUUCACGCUGCGCGCCCGUUCGCUCAACUCGCUGCUCUACUGGGGCGCCCAGAUGGUCGCUGCCUACCUCCUCUCCCUCGUGCUCGACUCGCCCAAGCUGCGCCGCCCCAAGCGCAUGUGGGCCGGCUGGGCCAUCGUCAAUGUGUUCGUCUGGGUCGUCUUCGGCGCCUGCUACCACGUGCAGCGCGGCUACAACCGCGACAACGUGGCGUCGAGCCGCAGCCCGUUCCCGGUGGAGAAGCUGCAGCUCAUCGACCUCAACACGAUGCGCUUUGCCGGUCCUGCGACGCUCUACUUCUUCUCUGGCUUCAUGGAUGCUCUGGUGCAGGGCUUCGCCUAUGCACUCAUGGGCGCCUUCUCCAACAAGAUGGCCGUGCUCGCCUCGCUGUCGGGCUUCUACAAGUCGAUCCAGUCUGCUGGUGGUGCCGCCGGCUUCGGCCUCGACACGGACCGUCGUCCCUUCAUGGCGACGCUGGCAGGCACGUGGGCCGUCUACGCCGCCGGCCUCAUCUUCGCAGUGCCCGUGCUCAUGUUCCGCAUCACCGACCACACGACGGACGAGGAGGAGGAGCGUGCCGCGAUUGCUGCUCAGACCGGCUCGGGCACCGCCUCGAGUGGCAGCGAGCAGGACAAGCGGAGCUCGCACGAUGAGAAGAGUGAGGUGGCUUGAGCAGCAGCGCUGUCUCUGGCGCUGCGAUGUGCAGGACCUCAGUGCUUCCGCCUUCACCCGUCACCCCUCGCUCGCUUCCCCCUCUUGCCUCGCUCCUCUUCCAGCGCAAGGCAGCUUAUAUACCUCUUGGACGCCGAGUCUUGCACUCGUCGCGCUUUGGCCUCGCACUCUCCUCUCUGUACCACCAUCUCCGCUUCGUCUCUCACCCUUCUCCCCUCGCAUAGCCUCCGCGCGCGCUGCGCUGGUCUUGCAAAUGCGAUGUACAUCGGCCUG